UUGACUGUCUGUCACACUAUUAUCUUCUGAGUUUUAAACCAAUGAAAAUGUACUUUAGAAAGUGGGUAGACAUUCAGGUCAACGAGUUCAACUAUGAUGAAAGUCUGUAACCUGCAUUGACAUAUACUUUAAUUAUUACUGAGACCAGUUUUGUCUCAACACAUGUUACGGGGAAGCAAAUUUAUGCUCUAUUGGUUUGCCUUGUUGUGUACUUCACUGGUGUAUGUUUUCUGACCUUCAAGCUAAUUAAAUGGUCUAAAAAGCAUAGGCCAUAUCUUCUACGAAUCCAUCAUUAAAAUUACACCUUUAUCAAAAUGGUCUCGGAAUUCUGUGCACCUAGGUGUAUCGUCCCUCAAAAACCAGGAGUCCAGAAAAAUCUAUUCCCUCAUUCUCCAGAAAUAGUGAGACUUAAGAACGUAAUAUAUGAAGCUCAUAACUCUGAAUGGGAUACAAGAUUUCUAGUUUUGUUACGUGGUCUACCAGGCAGUGGAAAAUCUACACUAGGAAGAUUUCUCGUUGAUAAACUUGAUCAGCGUAAUGUUGUAAUAGCUUCAAACGAUGAUUAUUUUUAUGAUGAAGUUGAGCAGAUUUACAAAUAUAAUAAUACCGAAUUGAAUGAAGCAAUUGCUGCUUGUAAGCAAAAAGGUAAUGAUCACUUUGUAUGUGUAUGUGCGUGUGUUUGUGACUUAUUGUCCCCUGUUGUGUGUGGUUCAUUAUAUGAAAGAGUUCGAAGUAUUUAUUGGAUUUUUUUAACUAUUUACAUCUAUGUUUCAAUCGUGACUGGAUAUUUUACGUAUUUUGAUCUGAGAAGAUAAACGGCAUCUCUCUUACAGUAUUUGUGUAACUAAUUCUACGAAAUUUACAUAAAGCUUAUUCCUUUAGUAAUCAUAGUGAUCUUUAGAGAAGUCAGUUGAUCUGUUCUUAUGACCCAGAUUUUCGUGAUUAAAGAUAAAAUAACAGUUUGGUUAACAAUCGGUACAAGUUCAGUUAUGGCUACCAUUCAAUCUAGGAUUCGCUUUCGGCUUAGUUUCUCAUAUGUAACUACCUACUACUUGUUUCGUUGUUAAAAUAACCACUCAUGUCAUUCAAUUUAUAUUUACUGUUGUUGUGUAAGUUUGUCUGAUAGGUAUGAAUUUUUAUUCACUACUGGUUAAAUAAUUGAAUGUGAAGACGGGAUGCUUUAUAUUUCAGGUCAUGACAUUGUAUUUCAUGUAGUCGCAUUUGGAACUACGUAAUGCUUAAAUUACUAGCGUAAUCAAUACUGAGGACAUGACGGGGGUAGGGGUGUCGAAAUACCAAUAAAUGAUGUAAAAUAGAAAAAAUAUAGACAGCGGUUUGAUUGGUCAUUAAAAUACAGACAUACAUGUGUAUAGCUUGGACUUGAAAUAAUUUUCAGCGAGCGUAUGAUCGGCCUGGUUAGAUGUGUGAUGUCGACUUGAGGUAUUGAAUAUCUGAAACAACCUUGUCAUUUUGUGACUUGUCAAGUUCACCAUUUAUUUUCUAGUCACAUAUUGUAUAAUCUUGUAGAUAAGCUAUUAGUAUUAAUAGUAGUAAUGGCACCGGGCUUGUUUACUACUCUCGCUUAGUUUAAACCAUAUCCUGUUUGAACGGGUUUUGUGGAGAUUAGUUUAAUUUGUAGGCCAUAUUCGUCACAGAUUGAUUUUAUUUUGAGCAACAUUAAGAACCAGGAAGUACUGGACAUCUGUUUUGUCCCAGUAUCAGACUCCUCAGUGGUGCGUAUCCACGACCCUACACACGGUGUUCGAACCCAGAACAUUUGACCUCGCGCGAGCGAUUAACCUCUAGACCAUUGACCCGGUAUUCAACGGUGUUAAUGUCUAAAUUCAAUCAAUCUGCGAUAUUUCGCGAUUAUCUCCCAUUGUCUUCGGUCAGUAACUAACGCACCCAACAGAGUUGAACUUCACUGGCCACGUCCUAGUAUUACGGGACUCCGCAAGACCUGGAGGUCCCGUGUUCGAUCCGUGGUGGUAUCAUGAGUGCACACUACUGAGGAGUCUAAAGCUACGGUGAGUCAGGUAUCCAGCGCUUUCUGGUAUUCAAUGGUACUCUAACCCAGAUUAGUCUGUGGCGAGUACAAACUUUGGACUAGCCAUUAUUAUUACAUUUACUCUACCCGUUUACUAGAAAACAAAAUAUUGCUAGACCUCGAAUAAAAUUGUGCACGAAGUUCACGUUGCCAUAUUCAAUAAUUCCGCGAGAGAGAAAGAGAGAAAACUGACAAGGAAAUUAUAAGUAGACUGAAAAUAAUGUUUUCCUUGGAUUCUAUUUAGUAGUUAGUAAUUCGGUAGAUUUUUGCUUUAGCUUAUCCUGUUUGGUCACUUUUAUUGACUCAACUUCUGUAUUCCAAUUUAACAAGACUACGAUAUUAUUGAAUUAAUGAAUCAUGAAUCUGGUUACAUCAGUAAUACUAAUGACUUUCGGGUUGCCAAUAUCCCUAUCAAGUGUCGGUUAGAAUCAGGCACAGAUCGAAUGAUAAAAGAUUAUUAGAACGCAGGAAUAAUGGAAAGAGCUCAGUACAUUUUGUUAUCAUUAUAAUACAAUAAUGUUGUGGCUUAAGAUUUAUUCGGUUGGGCCCAUGAUAAUUUCUAAUUAUAAAUGAUUGAGAUCCUUCUAAUACAAGGGAUCGAUUGUGGUAAAUUAUGUACGUGAUGCUCCAACUGAUGGAAUCAAAUAUUGAAGAGAGUAAUGAAUAAAAUACUUGAUAUUCAAUGAACGCAAAUCUGAAGUAGGAUAAUUCUGUAAAUAUAGCAACAACGCACGACUUCAGGACACAGUAAAAUUAAAAAAACAAUUGAUAAUCACCAAUAAGAAAACACCAGAGGUUGUACGAAAAUAUAAUUUCGAAAAAAAAUGUUUCUUUAUUUAUCAUUACAGGAAAGAAAUUAGCAUUUAUUGACCAAAAGUAGAUAAUUUGGAACCGUCCUAACAAAUUAGAAGACAAGAAAACAAACUUACAACAUAGGAUGUUAAAUAUAUUUGUAUACAUCUAAACGACUGGGCGGAAAUAGUGUUUUAAUCAUUUCACUAUUUAAUCUUGUUUAUGUUUAUUUUUCAGUGGAAUCAUAAAAAGAUUGAAAAAAUGGUUUCAUGUUUCUAGCUUAAGUGGACUAUUUUUAUUGGUGUAUGUGUGCGUGUGUGUGGAUUCCCUCUUGACCUGGGUGGGUUCACUUGACUAGGUUUCAUUGUCAAAUCUAAAGAAAAAUACAUCAACGCCUUUUCCAAAAUACCAGUUUGUCUAAAAUGAGAAUGAAAGCUGCAUAAUUAAACUGUACAAUUCAGAAAACCAUUCAAUACGACCGACUGAAUAUGUUUGUUGUUGAAGUAGUUUUAUUCGUUAUAUCAAUAUAUAGGUGUUUUACCUUCCAAUUUCACACCAAAGUAAUUAACUUAUUCAGGUAAUUAUCAGUAUAGGUUUGUGGAGGUUGUUGAGUUUUGAUUGAGAUCAUGAAUCGAUCAAUGUUAGACUACCAGUGAAAACCUAGAAGCAUUGGAUGGCCCUUCCAUCCUUGUAUGAGACUUCUCAGCAGUGCGCAUUCACAACCCCACACGCGGAAUUCGAAUCCAAGACCUUCGGUUUCGCUCAGUGGUCUAGCGGUUAAGCGUUCGCGUACGAGACAGAGGGUCCUUGGUUUGAGUCCUGCAUGCGGGAUCGUGGAUGCACACUGAUGAAGACUCCCAUACUAGGACGAAACGGUCGUCCAUUGCUUCCACGUUAUCCAGGUAAUAUAAAAUAGUAUUAGUGUUGUGUAUAUUAAUCAUGUCGACAAACAUGAGUAAUAUGUAACACUACUCAAAAGUUGAAUGGCUGGUAGCAGAAGGCUAAGAAGAUCGAGUUGAAGAGAAUUGUGAAGUGGAAGAAUCAUGCAGAGCGUGACUUACAAGUGACGGAAAUUCGCAAAUGAAGUAUACAGUGUAUGGUUCUCACAUUUCAACAAGAUAUUCUGUAACUUUGUAUCAAAGUACAUUGGUUUUCCACACCUGUAUCCUCGUUCAUUACAUUAAUAGUCAGGGUCUGUUCUCAUUUUUAUUUCCCAGAUAAAUCAAGAUUAUUAUCAUUUAUAUUUAUAUUUAAUAUCGUGCAUAAUUGUAAAUACUUUCAUCAGGCUCCUUUGUGUUGUUUUAUUUCCAAAAAGCAUUAUUGUAGCCUAUUUAGAAGUUGUACUUCAUUUCAGUAAAAAUUAAUAAAUUUUCUGUUUGAUAAAUCUACUCUCUAUAUUGUUUGUUCGACUUUGCUUAGUUGUGUUUAUCACAUUUGUGUUAAGCCGGUUAAGGGCAUAUAUAGGAAUUAUUUAAUUUCCAAUAGAAUUUCAUGAACAUUUUUUUUAAACAAGAUGGUAAUUCAUUCUGAAGUUGUUUCGUUAUUCAACAAGAUCUUCGAGUUUCACUUCAUCAUUAAAUGUUAUGAAGGAAAUUGAAGAUUGAAGUAUUCGAUGACCAAUUUAUCGAUCAAAUGAAUUUCCAGGUAGUAUGUUUAGUUCUAAAUGUCGAAAUGAUGAUCUAUCGAUUUUGUUACAAAAGUGAAUAUUCAUCAUUCUUUAAUUUGUUUAGUGCAUAAUAAAUAUUCUUGAAUGAUGAAAAUCUGAUGAUUGUGUUAUGAUCUACCACAUUAUAUUCGUAUAUUUGACAAAUGAUACGUUACAAUCUAAAAUGUCUUAAGUUAUAUUUCUCUCUGCAGCAUAUGAAGUAAUUCAUUGAGAAGUUUCUAUUACUGAGUGAUGGAAAUAAGUAGCGUAGGCUGAUCAUCCCACUAAUUUGUCGUAGGAUAUGGUUAUCUCAAACUUUAUUGGUUGAGAGGUCUCUUGUUAGGACGGAACCACUACUGUCCUCUCAGUCGUUGUUCGAACAACAUUUUUGAUGUAAAACACUCAGAAACAUGUUCAGUCUUACAUACGUAAAAUUAUUAUUGUUUUCUACUUGAAUAACUUCUCCAAAUGCUCUACAACAUGUUAUGGAAUCAGAAGUAUUUUAUUUGUAUUAUUCUACACAGUUUGGUCGUCUAUAUGUAAUGGAGUGUCGGUGAUCAUCGUGGAUAACUGCAAUCUGACACGACUAGAAAUGGAUCCGUUCAUUCGCGAAGGUGUAAAACGAAACUACUGUGUUCACCUUCUAGAACCUUGUACACCUUGGCGUUACAAUGCGAAGAAGUUAGUAAAACUAACACAUUAUACCAAUAUCAGUUUGACAGAAAUCAAUGGGAUGUUGACAACGUUUGAACGGGCACUGAACAUAGAGACAAUUUUGUCACAAAUAUGUUUACCAUCGUCAUCUUCACCAUCUCUAUCAUCAUCUAUGUUAUUAUCAAAUGUGAAUUCCUCCAAUCAUAAUUCUACAUCAAAUAUUUCUUUUAAUGCAAUCAGUGGAACUAAUGAUAUUUCUACCAGCAAUAACAGUAAUGAAUUGAAUGAACAUGUUUGUCACUAUACUACUAAUGAUGAUGAUAAUAAUUUGCCUUCGAGCAGUAACUGUACCAGUUGUCGUAGUAACAAUAAUAUCGAUAACAGUGCAAUAAGAACUGCUAUUACUACUGUAAAUUUCGAUGAAUUAGAUCCUCAGGAUGAAAACUGGACUACUCCAACAGGAAGUAUGGAAGCAUUGAAUAUAAAUCAUGUGGUUUCAGGUGAAUCAAUUUCUCAGGAUAGUAGUAACAGUAGUGGAAUUAUGAAUACAUCUCCACUGGUACAACAGCCGUCUACAUCUCAAACAAAACUUGGUGAAUUAAUGGCAAUAUUUCCUAAUUUAAAAUCAAACAUACUUGAAGAAUUUCUAUCACUUGCACAUGAUAACGUUUCAUGGGCAACUACAUUAAUUUUAGAUAAUCAUACUAGUGAAAGAAUAAAUCAAAAAAUUGAACAGAAUCUUAAUCUAGUUGAAAAUAAUUUGUUUUUAUGUAAAUCUACUGUUAGUCAAACUUCUGAACAUCCGUCAACAGAAGUAACAGAAGCAGCCUUAGAUCCAGCACCGCUAUCACCAACAACUUGCGCACCUAGUUUUUCCAACGUCUCGGAAGACGAUACGACUAAUCCUAGUCAAGCUACUUUGUCAUCUGUAAAAGAAUCUCAAAGUGAAAAUCAAAUAGACCGUACUUUUAAUCAUCAACAUGGUAUUAGGUUUUCACGAAGUUUUCUUCAAACAGCACAUGAAGAGUAUGCUUUUGGCUUUGGCUUAUCAGAUAUUGAUAUAUCUCCUGAUGCAAUUCCCGACUUUAUCAUCGAUGAAUGGACACCUGAACCUAAUUUGAUCAAAGAAAUUUAUGCCAGUUUUAUGCGACAUUUAGGUGUUCUUUCAAAUAGCACAACUAAUGUAUUAACGCCGAAAUUUCCACCAUUAAAUACACGAAAUUCAAAUCAGAAUACAAAAAAACCCACUGUAACACCGUCAACAAAUGUAACAUCAAAGAGAUCAUUUUCAACAUUCUUACAAAUUAUGGAUGAUGAAGAAGGUCUACUACGUUCUGUAGAAGAUUUUCGUACGUCCUUAAAUACUCCCGUCAUACGUGUGAUAUUAAACCGGUUGAUGUCCAAAUUCCCUGGGACACAAAAAAAUGUUGUUGAAGAAGCAUUUGUUCGGUGCGAAUUUGAUGAAGCUCGGACAGAAGUUUAUCUUUUAACUUAUUAUAAAUCAACCAUUGAAUCAGUCACAAAGUCUACGACAACAACAACGUCAACAGUCACUAGCAAUUUAUCGUCUAUUCAGUGCCCUAAUAACAUGUUGACUGUGAAUCAACAAUCCGUCAAUUCAACUCUUAUACCUAAUAAUAGUAAUAAUAAUCUGAUUGGAUUAGAUUAUCAUCAGACUACGGGAGAAAAUUUAAGUUUACAAGAAAUUCAAGACGAAGAGGAAGCGCUGAAUAGAUCUAUUGAAGAUCAGAAAGAUCGUCUUCUAACAUUGGCUAAUCAACUUUGUUUGAGUCGUUUAAAAGCACAGUUUCCUGAAAUAGAAAUAAAUUAUUUGGAAAAUCUUUUCAUUCGAUUUGAUUUAAACGAGCAAAAUCUUUCUGAUUAUCUCAUAAAACAAGGUUUUACAACUCACUCGUUAAAUCCAUUUCUCGUCGAAACUGUAAAUAAAUACAUUGAAAAUGUCGAUAAUAAUGAUAGUAGAGCUUCACCAGUUUCAUCUAGUCAAGGUUAUGUAACCGAUUUUAUCAACAACAGUAUUGAUAAUACUGAUUGGUUAAAUUUGAUUAACCAAAAGAUAGCUAGUAUUCGACAAAAGAUUGGUCAAAUGAAGAAUAAUCUUUCAUAUUCUAAAGAUAAUCGAGUUAAACAAUUUCAGAUAACUGAGAUACGUUCAUUACAAAGUCAAUUGCAUUAUUUAGAAUUACAAAAAGCUGAAUAUCUUGUUGAUACAAGAUCAUCAUUAUAUGAAGAUGAAUUAUUGACCAAUGGAGAGAAACCAAUUAAUUCAGCUUGUUUAGCAUUUGCUUAUCUUGAUUUACAUGGAUUAAGUAAAUCAUGCGCAUUACAUGUAUUACAACAACGUUUAACCUAUUUAAAAGAUAAAUUAAAUCGAUUAAAAUCAUUGAAAUAUAUCACCGUGAUAACUGGUCGAGCAGCUGGUAAUGAAAGUGACUUAGUGUCAAUAGCUCCAGUGUUAAGACCAGCAGUUAUGCAGUAUCUUUUAAGAAAUGGUUAUAAAUUUGAGGAGAAUUUUCGAGUCGGUUCUGGACAUUUUACAGUUAAUUUAAACAAUUCAAAAUUGAAAUAAUAAUAAUAGAACUGACAAGGAAAAUUUGUUUUUGUUGAUGAAUAAACAUAUAAAAAUACUUGAUUAAUGCAAUUUUCCUAUUCUAUUUUUAUAUUUUUUCUAUCCGAUUAAUUUUUCAAAUUGUAAUUUUUUUUCUAAAGUACAGCCCACAUCGUCCUUUCUUUUUUUUGAGCAAGAGACGACCGGGUAAGAAGAUGAUUUUAUUUUAAUUGAAAUCAUGAACUAAUCAAUGUUAGACCACCGUUGAUAUUGGUUCAUGAUCUCAAGUAAAACUCAACAAUCUUCGCAUUCCUAUAUUGAUAAGAUGAUCUUGUUGUUGGUGCAUGUUCGAUUUUUUGAUCAUCACUAUUAUUAUUGUUGCUUAGAGUUGUAGGUGUGUGUUGCUUUUUUCCCAUAAGCUAAUUGAGAUGAGUGAAUAUAAAUAUUUUCUGUUUGGUACUGUAAAUUAUGAAGAUUGGUUUUGGUUUUAUUUAUUUAUUAAGUGUUUAAAUGUUUGUUUGUUUCUUUGUUUAAACAAAAUCUUUCUAAGGAAAAGAAAAGGGAAGAUGUUUUAAACUCAGUCAAUUAACUCAAUAAAGUGAAAAUUCCCAUUUCGACAUUUGAUAAAUAAAAAGGAACGAAUCGAGCG